UAGUUGUCAAUAUCAUAGCCAUAAAGUAAAUAUUAAUUUUCAUUUCACAACGCCGACUAAUCGGCGCAUUUGAUUUGAUUCGUGUUUAUUUGUGUCGUAUGAUUUUCUUUUCAGUUUAAAUUUGGUAUUUGCUAUUUGCUUUGAGUGAAAACCAGGAAAAUCACGCGGAAAUCGCUGAUUGCGCAUCUUCUUUCUCUUUGUUUUGUUCUUGUUUUUGUUGUGGCGCAGAAACACAUGUGCGCGGUGUAAGAAGAAGAAGAACAAUAACAUCAUAUCAUUUGUUUUUUGGCUACAUUUUGUGCAUCAUCAUCGUCGGAAAUGUCGAAUCUGGACAACAUAUUCAUCCAGGUCCGGGCACGCCUCCAAUCCGAGGGCGUUAAGCUCUGGGAGGAACCCUACUAUUCCGAGGAUCUUGGCAGCAUAGAGGGCGCUCUGGAGAACCUGGCCAAGGACUACUCCCGCGUCAUGGGCUUCGAUGUGUGCCGCUGCAAGUUCAUCCUGACGGAGCUGCAGGAGAAUGCGCUCCGCAAGCUGGCCGCCCGGCGGGAGUUCAGCUCCACAGGAGUGGCCACUUUCAAGGUGCGUCGCAUCGACAAGCACAGCGGCACCACCAUGCUGGACAUCAAGUGCGACUUGAACUCCCUGGGCUCCGAUCUUCAGGCGGUCAUAGCCGACAGGCUGCAGCUUCCGAGGGCCGAGCACGUCAAGUGCAUUGCAGCCGGCAGAAUGGUGGCCGCCAAUGCCACGCUGGCUGACCAGCUGCUGCGGAACAACCAGCAGUUGAUGGUGGUCGUGGGCGAUGGUGGCAAUGCCGGCGAAGCCCUCUACGAGCGGAUCAAUCGAGUGAAGGCCGACGUGCAGGCAGUGGUCUCCUCGCAGAAUCGUCUCAUCGAGAUGGAGGACCAGAACGGCAGCCCCGUCUUCCUGCCACCCGCCGAGAAUCGCGCCCUGCUCCUGGGCCUGGGUUUCUGCGAGAAGGCCCGUGCGGCCAUGCUGCGCGAGGAUUUCGAGGAGGGCCUGCUCCUCCUUCUGGAGGCCGACGAGUCCUUCGCCACCUGCGACUCGCAGUUUCUCGAGUCCGUGGACAACUAUGCCCUGCUCAAUCUGGACAUCGUCUGGUGCUAUCUCUGCCUGAAGAACGUGACCCAGCUGCCGGAUGCCGAGCGUCGGCUGGCCAUCUGCGGGCGCAACUUCCGGCGCAGCUAUGGCGAGAACUUCGAGCGACUGUACGCCCUGAAGGGCAAGGCCUGCCCCGAAAGGGCGCUCAUUAUGCGGCUGCAGCUGCUCCAGGGCGUGGUGAUGUUCCACCAGAAUCGCCGCGACGAGGCCUUCGAGCGCUUCGAAGCGGCCAAUAUUCUGCUGAGGGAGCUCAAGAUCAACGGCGACCAGUUGGCUCUCCUCGUGGAGAUGGGCUUCGAGGCCCAGGAGUCGCGGCUGGCGCUGCGCUCCUGUUCGGGCGACAGCAACAUCGAGGCGGCCGUGCAGUUCAUCCAGGAGCGGCGUCAGCAGCUCAAGGAUGCCCGCAAGCAGUCGAAGGCGGAGCGGGCCCUGCAGCGCCGCCUGAUGCGCACCGAUGGCAACGAUUGCGACUGGGUGAAUCCGCGCAGUGUCUGCACGCUCACUGAAAUGGGUUUCGAGGCGGGACUGGCAACGGCAGCCUUGAAGCGCUCCAAAAAUGAUCUGGCCAAGGCGGUGGAACUGCUGCAGACCGAGGCCGAGGUGCUGCGUGCCGCCCUGCCCCGCAACAGUGUCGCCAGCGACCAGGACAAGCUGGCCCAGCUGCUCCAGCUGGGCUUCAACGAGGCCAACUCGCGCGUGGCCCUCGAGAACGCCUCGAACAACAUGGAGCGGGCCAUCGAGUGCCUGCUGCGCGCCUUUCAGAGCGAGGAGGAGCUGAGGGAGACCAUAGAGCGUGUUGGCCGCCUGGCCUUCGAUGGCCCAUCCACCUCGAGUGCCUCGACUGCUCCGCCAUCGCCCAUCAUCGAGGCGGUGCUGAAGCAUGCUCGCUCCGAGAUCGAGACCUACCAGGCCUACGAGCGCUUCAACGCGGACAUCAGCCAGAAUGACAUGGACUACCUGGACUUGCCGCUGGUGCAGGAGGAGAAGGUCCUGCAGGAGUAUCUGGGCCUGCUGCAGCAGUAGAAUGCCAUCGCCGCCUUAACUUAGCUGUUAUAUCGAAAUAGAAACCGGUUGCGGGCCGUAACUGUAA